AUGAGCUGCACUCGCCCUGGUUGCAGGUAGAGGGGCCAGCGAUCACCUGUCAGGACAUACCUGAGCACCCACCUGGGCAGCGCAGCCUUAUCUGCAGCGCGGUUAAUGUGUAACCCGGCUGUGUUUGGUUAGCCCAGAAAAGCAAAGAAGUCCUGGGAUAGGCACGGCCGGGACGAGGAAUUGGGCAGCACGGAACGACGGACAGCCUGCUGGGACGUUCCCCCCGUGCCAGCCUCCAGGGCAGCCCGUGCUAUGCCUAGGAAGGAGCUGGGGAUGGCUGGCUGCAACUCUGGCAGCUGUGACAGCAUGGUCAGCACAGCCUCCAACCAUUCACAGAGGAGUGACAACAGCUAUGACUAUUUAUCUGUGGAAGAGAAGGAGUGUCUGAUGUUCCUGGAGGAAACCAUUGGCUCCCUGGAUGCAGAGGGGGACAGUGGGGUCUCCACAGAUGACACCGACUACGGGGAGCCCCCCAAGCCCAGGAAAGGCCCCAUGCCCCGGGGUGAGCUGGAAACCCUUCUGCACAUAAAUGUGGGGAACAGGGAUCAGCAGCGUGGGGCUCAGCACAGCAGUGGUCAGAGCAGCUCAGCCCCAAGCCCAGGUCAUCCCAUCCUUCCCAGGAGCAUCCCUGCAGCAAACGGAGCUUCUGGCAGCUCGGGAAAUGUCCACGCAGUGCCAGCAGGAAAACCUGCACGGGAGGUGCCCAGGGAGGCCAGGCUGGACCAAGGAACCCACACCAAGUCAGCGAUUAUCCAACCUCCAGACCCCUUCCAGGAUGAGCUGGAGUGGUCGCGCAGCCGUGGCUCGGAUGCCAAGGGGGAGGCGGCCAAGAUUCGGACUUGGUGGGGCCAGGCAGAGAAAUCCACCCCGGAAGAGGCUCCUCAGGACCCCGAUGCCAAGCGUGGGCCUCCAACUGCCCCCAAACCACGGAAAUUGCCACCGAACAUCAUCCUGAGGACCAGCAGGAGCGGCGCCGUGCCGCUGGCCACCGAGCACAGCCAGAAGGGCAAAGCAGCACCCGCACCCCCAGGCACCCCUCAGCCCAGCCCUGGCAGCGACAGCGCUGCUGAAAAGGGGAAUUCAGGCCACCUGGACCCCAAGGAGAAGGAGAAAGCCCGAAGGGAGGCCCUGGAGAAGCUGGGGCUGUCCCAGGACAGGAGGGAGCCCAGCGCCCACCUCCAUCCCCACGCCGGGGAGACGCCGCUCCCCAUCCCUGGGCAGCCUGGCCAGGGCUCCGUGCCAGGGCUCCGGCCCAUGGCCUUCAAAUCCAACACCCUGGAGCGUUCUGGGGUGGGGCUGGGCAGCUCCAUGGGCAGCCCCAAGGAGCAGAGCUCCAAGAGCAGCAGCAGCUCCUUGGGUAAAAUGUCCUUUCUGGAGCGCCUGGCCCCCGGCUUCCUGCGCUCCAGCCGCCCCCGGCCCGCGUCCCUCGGGGCAGGGAAGGACUUUGCCGGCCUCAAAGAGCAGGAGGAGCAGGACAAGAGCAGCAAGAGGAGAUCCCACCCUCUGGCCAGCUUCCCCAGGCCACCACGCUCUGCUGUGAGCGUCAAGAUCUCCCCGAAAGGCGCGGCCGACGAGAACCGGCGCGAGGCGCUCAAGAAGUUGGGGCUGCUGAAGGAGUAGCUGCUGGAAAAGGGGAUUUUUCACCCCAAAUCCAGCAGCCUGCGCUGCCUGACCUUGGGUACGAGCAUCUGCUGCCAUCUCCUGCCCCAGCAGCUCGGGAGAAGUGUGGGGAGAUUCACAGCAAAUAAAGGAAGGCGGCGUGGACGGUGUGUUUUGUAUAUAGCAGAUGUACAUGAGCUAUUUAUACAAAGAUCUCUCGGCAUGGACGGGGUGUGUUCUCCUGCCAGGGCUUUAAUGCAUCUGGGGAUUCAUCAAAACAGGGAAGCCGUGGAAUUUGGGGUUUGGCUUAUUUUCAGAGGGGUUGCCUAUGGAUAAAGCAUCUCUGGGAAGACCUGCUGGACUUUGCUGCUCCUUUAGGACUUUUUUGGGGUUUUUUUUUUUAUUAAUUUUAUCACAGCCUCUGAGGCCUGAGCACUCACCUGCCACAUGAAAGUGUCUUCCAAAAGCACCACUGCCUGCUGGGGGGCUGGAGGGGUGCACAGCCACCCUGCCUGCACUGCCUCCCUUGCCACACUCUGCUGUCCCAGCCGGCCCUGAGCACCUGGAUCCAGCACCUGGCAGAGCCUUGAACUCACAGCUGAGGGGGCCAGAGGCUGUGCUGGUGUCAGAGCCAGACGUUCUGCCCAAACUGGGGCAGAUGCCAGGCUGGGACAGCUCCAGCUCCUCCCUCUGAGCUGUGCUGGCACCUCUCAGCCCAGCUGAUGCUGCUCACCUUGGGGAACAGAGGUGAUAUCCCAAAUAAACCUGUGUGUGAUCAGAAA